AUGGUGGCGCACGUCAUCGUCAUCAGCUAGCUAGUUGAGUUGCAAAAAUUAUUUCUCGUGCGUGCUAAAUCUGAUGAUGAUUGCUGGUAUUAUUAAAAUUUGUCGAUAAAAACCAGAAGUGUGACCAGAAUUGACGAGAUAUGUGCCUUUUUUAUUUCUAUACUCUAGUCAUGCGCUGACGGAUGAGGGAAAUUGUUGUUGAAAUUCGUUGUUGAUGGUUGAGAAGUGGACGAAUUAUUUUCAGCGGGGUUGCUGCGCGCAGGAUAUAGGAACCCUAGGGAGCUGGAGCGCGGCCAGCGCCAGCCAGCCAGAGGCAGAGGUAGGCGGAAAUGGAAGAGCCGAUACCGGAUUAUGGUGACGAUUUAUUUGUAGAAGACGAGAGACUGCUGUACACAGACGACUUGGGUCAUAGUGCAAGUCCUCUUGAUGACUGGGAGGCAGAAGCUGAUCAAGGAGAUCACAUCAUCCGUGUCCAUGACGACGAAGAAGAAGAUGAUGAUCACAAGGAUUACCACGACAGCCACUCAGAUAACUCCUCACUCCAAGAUGAGGCCAGCCAAGGUGCUCGGGCACGGCCUACAGAGGGCGGUAUUGCCCCACCCUUGGUAGGAGUGGAGACAUGUCACGCCUUUUUCUGCUACUCUAAGGAGGAUGAAGAAUGGGUGGUCAACGUGAUGCAGAAGUUGGAGUCGUCAGCUUACGGCUUCCGAUGCUGUAAUCACAGCCACGAGUUCGAUCCUGGCGUCGUCCGUAUGGACCGUAUCGUCAACGCUCUCUGCACGGCGCGCAAGAUCGUACUAGUCUUGUCUCCAGACUUUGUCCAGAGCCAGUGGUGCACCUAUGAGAACUUGAAAGCACUCAGGCUUCAUUUCAGGAACGUGAACAAGGUUAUACCUGUGCUACUGACGGAGGUUGACCUACCGGAUUUCCUGCAAGAUAUCCCCAACGUCAACGGAAUGUCCAAGAACUUCUGGCAGAAAUUCAUUGCUGCUCUUCAAUUUGAUCCAUACAAAGGAACUUUGGAAACCUCAGCCCAGUACAACAUUCCUGCCUUAUACAACGGUGUGGAGUUGGGUCAAGUCUACUCCAUGUCUGAGUGCUGUUGUAGGGCAAGAUUUGACACGGUCUAUUGCCCCGAUGAGCUGGCCAGGAAAGGAGUUAUGGUUCCACAAACCGACUACACGUCCUGCAUCAAUACCAUCUUAGACAGUCCCAAGAUGCGCUGGCACACCCUGUGGUACAAUCGUGUCUUCAGUGUGACCCUCUGCAUCCUCCUAUCCAUUCUCAUCAUCGUGGGCCUAGUAGGCAACCUGAGUGAUUUCAGCCGUGAGGGCGCUACGCUACCCGCAGGCUGGGCGUUCCUGAUUGGUCUUAUUCUGUCUGUUAUCGUCAGCGUCUUGGUUCAUAUCAUCACCUACCUGGAAACAAUCAAGCUGAACACCCACAUAGAGAACCAUCUCGCCAAGGCUAACGUCACUCUGACCAGGCACAACGUCCUCGUGGGCAUGACUGACUGCUUCUCAUUCUGCUGGAACAGGGCCAGGUUGCACUUUAUCUACUACGACCUUCGCAAAUGCAGAGUGAAUAUGUACCAGUAUCUGACUGAGAAAAGGAAGUUACAAAGAGGAGUGAACAAGGAUGUGACAGUGAGUUUUGACAUGCAAGGCGGUGGUGACAUCGAUGAUACCUCACGUCUGACCAUUGACACCAGACAUCGCAUCAUGUCACCAGAGACACUGACAGCCGCUACCGAACCUUCAUCCAUACAGGAGGAGGCGGAGUUAUACCUUCUCCAGUGUAGCCCAGCCUACGUUCACAGCAUGAUCCGAGGUCGUCUACCGAGGGCGCUACGCACCCUCCAUUCUGAUCAUGAUAUGUGCCUGUGUCAAUACACACAACUCAAGAUAUUCAAGGAAGAAGUUUGAAUCGACUCAUCGAUGGUGAUGUCCACCUUUUGUUUCCAGUACUACACGUACCUUUGAAUAAUUUCUCCGCCCGCCCGCCCCCCCCCC